AGUCAAGGAUAAGUUGCCUUUCACCAUUCAAAUGAAUGAAUGAAUAAAAAUGAAUCAUUACUCCGCCAAUGGGUCGCAGGUGCUACCGUUAUUUUUCGAACCUUAAUUCUCGUUUUAUAAUAAACCUCUUCUCCUCACAAUCAAUGGAAUUUACACGUUUCAAGCAGUAAGAACUUUCCCACCAGAAAUUUCAAUUAGUUUUAUAACGGCAUGGCAUUUUAUGACAUGUAAACAGGAGUUUUCACAAUAUUAUAUUAAUUAAAUGUUUUAUUUGAAUUACGUUCAGACGGUAACAUAAACAGUAAUAAUCAAUCUACAAGUUCAAACGUACUUAAAUAUACUUUGUGUUAUUAAAUACAGCAUAAAUGAAGUGGGCAUCGAGUACGAGUCGCGUAUAAGAACGGUGUAGUUGAUGUGAAACUUUUUUAAAAUAAAAUGUUUACAAUUAUAUUAUUCGCAUUAGUUGUGAUAUUAUGUUUGGUGGAAGUGUUCGUUAAUUUUAAUGAAAACGCCAGAACUAUAAAGAAAAUUCCAGGCUUCAAAGACGUGUUUUUCUUUGGAAAUUCCACUACUGUUUUUGGAUUGGAUUCAAUCGGUUUGUUCAAAUUAGGCCGGGAAUGUGCUAAACAAUUCAACGGAAUUUUUAGAUUCUACAGUUUAUCCAUAGCAUCAGUUCAUGUUUUUAAUCCCAAUGACGCUGAGAUUGUCAUGUCAACUAUGAAGCAUCAUGAGAAAAGUAUUGUUUAUAAAUUUUUCAAACCAUGGCUUCAUGACGGUUUAUUGGUAAGCAAAGGAUCAAAAUGGCAAGAACGAAGAAAAAUUCUUACGUCAGCAUUUCAUUUCAACAUUUUGCGCAAAUAUUUUCUCACAAUUGAAGAAAAUAGCCAGAAGCUGGUGAAUGUAAUGGGCGAAAUCAGUGGUGAAUCCGUUGAUAUCGUUCCAAUAUUGAGCGAAUAUACUCUUAAUUCUAUAAGUGAAAGUGCAAUGGGGGUAGAGCUUGAUAACGACCCCAUGUAUUCAGGACUCACAUAUAAGAACGCAGUAUACGAAACAAUUAAAAUUUUUCUCCAUCGUUUCAUUCGAAUUUACCUUUAUCCAGAUUUUUUGUUUAACUUAAGUCCUAGUGGCAUCAGACAGGUGCGAUAUUUAUCGACCAUUCAUACGUUUAUCAGAAAUGUUAUUAAUAAAAGGAAACAAAAUUUUCAAAAUAAUGAAAUAGAAAGCGACUCCUUAGCUGACAGUGAUCAGUACGUUUAUAAGAAGAAAACACGAGCAGCAAUGUUAGAUUUGCUGAUCUCAGCUGAGAAGGAAGGUUUGAUUGACGAAGACGGGAUUUUAGAAGAAGUUAACACAUUCAUGUUUGAGGGUCAUGAUACAACAGCGGCCGGGUUGACAUUUUGUUUAAUGACAUUAGCCGAGAAUCAAGAUGUUCAGGAAAAAAUUUAUCAAGAAUUGCAAAGUAUAUUUAACGGAAGGGAAGAUGUAACAUUAGAAGAUUUCACAAUGAUGAAUUAUUUGGACCGAUGCAUAAAAGAAAGUAUGCGAUUGUACCCGCCUGUUCCGUUCAUUAGUCGCACUUUGAGUGAAACAGUUAAAUUGAGUAACUACACAGUGCCUGUAGGAACUAUGUGUCACAUUCACAUAUACGACAUACAUCGUCAGGAAAGCUUAUUCAAGAACGCUGAAAAAUUCGAUCCUGACCGUUUCCUGCCUGAAAACAGUGUUGGACGACAUCCUUACUCUUACGUCCCCUUCAGUGCAGGACCUAGAAAUUGUAUAGGUCAAAAGUUCGCAAUGAUGGAAAUGAAGUCAGCGCUAUCAGCUUUAGUGAAAAAGUACAAGCUGUUGCCAGUCACAACAUCGAAAGACCUUGAGUUUACAGCUGAUUUAGUUUUACGAAAUUCAAAACCUAUAUAUCUUAAGUUUAUUAAACGAUAAUGAUGAUUUACCAGAUUGCUAUAUUCUAUUAUAAAAUAUUGUUUAAAACUAAGUACCUAUUGUAGCCGUAUAUUGAAAUAAAAUAUU